AGCUCGAGAGAGUCUCUCGGGAGGCUGGAUUAGCCACAAGUUGUGGUGAACCAGGGUAAAAUUCGGUGUGCCUCUUAGUCUUCUCUUUACUUCUCUUUUAAAUUUUUAAUUUUUCGAUUUCUCCGAUCAAACGCUAUUCACCCCCCCUCUAGCGUUGGUCUUUUAUUCUAACAAGAAGAAGAGGUAAAUCGCGAGGAAGAGAAUCAACACUCAGAGGAGGAAGAGGAACAUGAAAUGGCGGCUAAUCCUAGACGAACGAUCCUUCAAGCCUUGAGCCCAGCGUACGUAGAGGAAGAUCCCAUAGGUCUCCCCGCUAGUCAAGCCCAUUCAUUUGAAAUCAAACCAGCAAUGAUCCAAAUGGUCUCGAAUAACCAAUAUGGAGGCUCAAAGGCUGAAGAUCCAAGAGCGCAUAUGCUGUGGUUUUCUAGGACCUGCCAAACGUUCCAGUCCAACGGCUUAUCCAUGGAUCGUGUUAAACUGUCGCUCUCUCCCUUUUCCCUUCGGGAUCGGGCAGCUAGAUGGUUAAAUACAUUCCCUAAUGGCCACUUCAAGACCUGGGAGGCGUUGCACCAGGCAUUCAUGCACGAAUAUUUUCCACCAUCUGCUAUGGUGAAAAUAAAGAACUCCAUCCAAAACUUCCGUCAAGCACCUAUGGAAUCGAUGUGCGAAGCAUGGGAAAGAUUCAAGGAAUUGAAGGUUAAAUGCCCACCUGCUCUAAUUGAUUCCGAUAGUUUGAUGUUCUACUUUUACCAAGGCUUAACGGUACCAUCUAAGAAGGAAUUGGACCACUCUUCUAAACUUGGUUCUUUUCUGGAGAUGACACCUGAGGAGAAUGUGGAGUUAGUAGAUAGACUUACGUCGAAUGCUAAAUAUCGGUAUGAAGACCGAGCUCCUCCUCCUAAAGCUGGCAUGUAUGAAGUAGACCAAUUCACAGCCCUCAAGGCUAGUACGGAGAGCAUCGUGAAACAAACUAUCAAGGAACACCUAGGAGCUUCCCAUCCACGUCCUAACUUGUAUACUGAACUGGUGAAUCAAGCUGAAAUCUAUGGUUCUGGUAGUCACCACCAGUCCGAUCUUGUCUUGUCUUGUGAGCAUUGCUCUCAAAAUCAUCUUUCCUCUGCUUGUCCCUUGAUGGGUAGGUGACCGUUGACUUCAAAACAGAAGAAAAAUUGGCUUACCAGCGAUGGUUGAGUCUAAACAUCGAUGGGAAGCCAAUAUCCUGCAGAUCCCAAAUCCUUUCAAUCCCAUAAAUCAAGCCAAUCACCCCUUUAAUGCAUUGGUCCGUUGGAGCCUUCUUUGGCACUAUAAAAAGGGGUGUUUGGG